AUGUCCAGCCUCGACAGCAAGGCGGCCUUCAAGGCCAGGGCAAUCGAGCUCAACUUUCCCGAGGAAACCCUGACCAAGCUCGCGGCCAUCAAUGUGGACACGUUCGGAGCCCUCGCCUUCAUCGGGCCUCUUCAAGCUGGUACGACCGAUGAGGGUCCGCUCAUCAGCAUGCUGAAACGUGCUUUGGGCUCAGCUCCUGACGACGGGCUUUUGAGCAUCGCUCGCCGCCUGUGGUUCGAGAGCACCACUCAGGCUCUCGCUGAGAUGCGUGGCCAGGUCGAGCGCACCGAUGCUUCUGAACCAGUUCGGAUGCCCUUGGCCGAGCGCACCCAACGCCUUGCUGCUCUUCAGAAGAGACUUGUGGGUAUUCACUGGACCUCUGACAUUGAACCUUCCCAUAAGCUACAAGACUUGGUUGCUGAGAUGGUGUCUGAUCAGUCCUUGCUUUGGAUUCCGUGGGAUCGCCUCACGAGCCGAGCUUUGGAGAUUACAUCCGACAAAACCGAUCAGGCGGUCAGCUUUGACAGCGCCGGGAACCUCAAGCUCGUGAAACGGUCGACCGAGCCCUCUUGCAGUACCAUCGGCGAAUACGCCGUUAAGCUGGCACUUCAGAGGAGGAGUUUGGCUUUCGAACUGGCAAGAGUUUGUCGUUACGAGUACCUUGAGUCCUGGCACGAUCAGUUGCUGCAGGUGCAUAUGCGAUCCCAGCCUUCAGGCCAUCAACGAGUUUCGAUUGCUCAGCUUCGUGAAGCCGACAAGUUUCUGUGGACGAGGAUCGCCGAGGACACGCGUGGCUCACUGUCCAUGCGCUCAGAUGGCUCGUACCCCUUUGAGGCCUCGCUUGCCAAGUGGAAGGAUCACACACAAGUUCAGUGCUACCUGCUUCCGCUGAUGCGAUCCCCGCCUCCGCCACCGACUCCACACAUGCCCAACAAGGACGGGGAGAAGGGCGGCAAGGACAAACUUCAGAAGACUCCGAAGAUUCGCAAGGACACUCCCGGAGCGGAGAAACCCAGUGGCUCCGGAGUCAAGAAGUGGAGCGUCCCGGAGGGUUGCCACUCUCAGGAUGCGGCUGGCUGGAAAGCCGCUGCGUUCCAGCUUCAACACCAAGGGCUGCGGGUUCGCUAA